ACCAAAGUGGCUUCCGCUCCCAGCCCUCUAGCUAAGCUAACAACAUAGCUAGCUAUACUGAUUGAUGUCAGGUAAACACACACACACACACAUAUUAGAUACAUGACAGUUUGAGGCUUCGCGAAUAAUCAGCAACGAGGUUUACGCAACUAGCAUUACACAUUUUAACCGAACUACAAGGCGCGUCGGAUAACAUUACAUACUAUUAACUAGUCAACAGUGUAGCUUUUGGAGGGCCCGAAACAGAAACAGAAAGAGAAAGUACGAUUAAACAUCCGAGACAACGUCUUCAUCCCUCAUAAAAAGCGGGAGUCUUCAAAAUGAGAGGCUCUUAUGGAGACCGAGACAGAGACCGUGGUCGCGACAGGGGAAGUCCUCGGUUCGGAUCCAGCAGAGGCGGCCCACCCCCAGUUAAAAGAUUUGGAAAUCCUGGGGACCGUUUGCGAAAGAAGAGGUGGGAUCUGAAUGAGCUUCCCAAAUUUGAGAAGAACUUUUAUACUGAGCACCCAGAAGUGCAACGAAUGAGUCAGUAUGACAUUGAGGACUACAGAAGGAGGAGAGAAAUAACGGUUCGAGGUUCAGGCUGCCCGAAGCCCAUCAUCAGCUUUCAUCAGGCGCAGUUUCCUCAGUAUGUGUUGGAUGUGCUGAUGCAGCAAAAUUUCAAGGAGCCAACAGCCAUUCAGGCUCAAGGAUUCCCACUAGCCCUCAGCGGGAGAGACAUGGUGGGCAUUGCUCAGACCGGCUCAGGAAAGACUCUGUCGUAUCUCCUGCCUGCCAUUGUGCACAUUAAUCAUCAGCCCUACUUGGAGCGUGGAGAUGGACCCAUCUGCUUGGUCCUUGCGCCCACAAGAGAACUGGCACAACAGGUCCAGCAGGUGGCUUAUGACUAUGGAAAAUCAUCUCGCAUUAAAAGCACUUGUGUGUAUGGGGGUGCUCCCAAAGGACCGCAGAUUCGAGAUCUGGAGAGAGGUGUUGAAAUCUGCAUCGCCACGCCGGGCCGCCUGAUUGACUUCCUUGAGGCGGGCAAGACCAACCUGCAGCGCUGCACAUAUUUAGUUCUGGAUGAAGCUGACCGCAUGCUGGACAUGGGAUUUGAACCCCAGAUUCGCAAAAUUGUGGACCAGAUCAGGCCAGACAGACAGACACUGAUGUGGAGCGCCACGUGGCCCAAAGAGGUGCGUCAGCUGGCAGAGGACUUCCUUAAGGACUAUGUGCAGAUUAACGUUGGAGCCCUUGAGCUCAGUGCCAACCACAACAUCCUUCAGAUAGUUGACGUGUGCAUGGAUAGUGAAAAGGACCAGAAGCUGAUCCAGCUGAUGGAGGAGAUCAUGGCUGAAAAAGAGAACAAAACCAUCAUCUUUGUGGAGACCAAGAAGCGAUGUGAUGACCUCACACGUCGCAUGAGACGUGAUGGGUGGCCGGCGAUGUGCAUUCAUGGAGACAAAAGCCAACCGGAGAGAGACUGGGUGUUGACAGAGUUCCGCAGUGGCAAAGCUCCCAUCCUUAUCGCUACUGAUGUGGCUUCCCGUGGUUUGGACGUGGAGGAUGUAAAGUUUGUCAUCAACUAUGACUAUCCCAACUCCUCGGAGGAUUACAUCCAUCGGAUUGGCCGCACGGCAAGGAGCACCAACAAAGGCACAGCGUACACUUUCUUCACUCCGGGGAACCUCCGCCAGGCCCGUGAGCUGAUACGGGUUCUGGAGGAGGCCAGACAGGCCAUCAAUCCCAAACUGCUGCAGCUGGUUGACACGGGACGUGGAGGAGGAGGGGGAGGCGGUGGCCGGCCACGUUUCCGAGGCAGCUCCUCCUCCAACAAUCCCAACUUGAUGUACCAAGAUGAGUGUGACCGGCGAAUGCGCUCAGUUGGCGGCGGCAGCGGCAGCUACAGCCGCAACACCCGCGAUAGUCGAGGCGGCAGCAGCCGAGACGGGGACCGCCUCACCACCUCCUCAUCCUCUUCCUCCUCUUACAGGGAUCGCAGCAGCAGGGAUAGAGGACGCAGCUACAGCUCCAGCUCGUACCAGAAUAGUAGGAACAACAACAACAGCAGCAGCAGCAGCAGCAGCCAGUACAGCGGCCCCAGGGGUGGCUCUGCACCAGCGGGAGGCGGAGUGGGGCCGGUCCCACCCCCCUCAUCAGGCCCCCAGCCUCUAAUGGCCCAGCAGUUCAACCCCACCCAGCCCAUGAUGGGCCUGAUGGUUCACUCUGCGUUCCAGUUUGCGGCACCGCCACCUCCUCCGGGAAGAAAGUAAAUUGCACCCCCAUCCAUUCUCUCCGCUUAGCUGCCAAUUUAUUAGGUACACAAAGGCUGCUGAACAUCUCUUCUUGAUAACAAAAUUUAAAGUUUUUGCAACGUUUCUGCAUGAGAUGUUUCUUUGUGUACCUAAUAAAUACUAAAGUGAGUAUAUUUGUGCGGCGUACAGCAACAUUUCUUCCAGUCGUAGUGAUGAGUCAUUUUGGACAGAUCUUUACAAAGUGUACAUAUGCUCCCAAGGUAGGUGGAAAGGUGCUUGCUGAGAAUCUGUUACUGAGUUGAAUUUGGAAAUGAAUGCAAACACAGGCAAAGGCAUGGAAGCAGCGGAACACAACUUUACACUGUGUGCACAACUAGGCAAUUAGCAUUAUUGAUUAUUAGUUUUAUUAUUUAACAAUAACAGUGCUCUUGGUCAAUCCAAAAUGAUAAUAAACCUCACACUUGAAUAUUUCAGGAAGUGAAAGGGAGGUUUUGCCUUUUGUUAUCUGUGUGCACAAUUAUUAGACAACUCAAAGAAAAACAAAAAUAUUCCCAUCUCACUACUUUAUUUUCAUUUUUUUUCAAAGUCAGAAUGAUAAACAACACGAACUUUACAAAUAAAUAUUUCUGACAUUUCCAAAAAUAAAUCAGUGACAAAUAUAGCCACCCUUCUUUUCAAAAACACGGAAAAGCCCUUCUCCCAUCCAUGGAGUCUUGUCACUUGAUCAUUUGACCAUCAAUGUUUUGUGAAGCAGCAACCAAAGCCUCCUAGACACCGUCCGGCCAAGUGUACCUUUUUUCUUCACUGUAAAGCUUCCAUUUAAGGGCCCAUAAGUACUCAAUGGGGUUUAGGUCAGGUGAGCAAGGAGGUCAAGCUAGCCACGCAGUGGAGUCUUGGAGCAUUGCCCUGCAUAAAAAUCAUUGUCUUCUUGAAAGAUGCACACUUGUUCCUUUACCACUGUGUGAAAAAAGUGGCAGUAGGUUUGGGAGUUGAGUUUGAGUCCAUGUUCAACCUGAAAAGGCCCAACAAGAUCGUCUUUUAAUAAUUCCAGCCCUUAUCGGUACCCAAUGGUUCAGUGGUCACGUCCUAAUAUCUUGGCAACUUCAAGAGUGCUGCAUCCCUAUGAAAGAUGUUUUACAGUUCUUGACUUUUCAGAGUUUGUUGAAUCUCUUUUCUGGCCGAUUCUGCCAUAGGAAAAAAAGCUGCCUAAUCAUUGUGCACACCUAAUAAAAGGCCGCACCCUUCCUCAGUUCAUGCACAUCACCUGGUAUGCUUAAACCCAAUGGGCAUUCAAGUUUAUUCAUCUUGGGGUUGGAAAAUGUGCAUAAAAAUGAGAAUAUGGUCUAAACACUGACUUGCCUAAUAAUUGUGCACACUGUGUACUAUGAGUAAAUGUUACAAUGUUAAGUGUUACAGUUUUUUAAAACUCACAAGGGCACAAGUUCUUAAUAGACCUUUUAACAAGUUCUUUGACAAGCUUACUAAACUCCAAAGAGAGCAAUGAAUUGUUAGUAUAGUCAAACCUUUUCAGCAGUGAUGUUGUACUGUCCUCUUAUUCAUUUUCACACUUAAUAAAAGCUCUUUGUCGUGCCACCGUGGAUUUGUAUUUUAGAGGUGGGAGGGGGGUGCACGCACACGCAGGCAAAUAUUACAUUAAAUGAAACCUGUGAUGUUAAAAUACGUCAAGCUGGCGUGCCCAGGCAGAACGAACGGCCAACAUGUUAACAAUUUACAGUGGCUGAUUAACACGGACACCUGUCCAACUAACAAAACAGCGUGCAAGUGCAAGUCCGGGCGCUCAUGAAGUGACAGUAUAGCCAAUCACACGUUAGCCACAGUAUGUACGUCAGAAUUAAUCGGUGUGCUUGUAGGCGGUCUACUGAGAAACUCUCUUCAACUUGAGCGUUUUCCGCUUGGUCCUAGUGCCUAGCCGGUCUCCUUUUUCAUGGGUAGAAAAUGCUGGGGACCAAAACUGCAACAUCAUCAUAUAUAAGCUCAUAUCAUCAUAGAAAAUAUUGGAAAAUCUGUAGAAAUUUCACAAGAGUAAAAUAUUGAAAGAAAAAAGUAAAAAAAAAAAUAAUAUGAGAAAAAAUAAUCAUUUUCGGAGCAUUAGUUUGAAAUAUUUAAAAAAAAGAUGUUAUAGCUUACAUCUCAGCUUUGUGUUAUCACCAACAAAGCGUGUUAUAGGUAUGAAUUUGUUCUUCUUACAUUACCCUUUUCCCCAUUUUUCCCAAAUAGCUACACUUUCUUCUUGUACAUUUUUUGUGCAAUGUUAUGACUUCAUUCUCAUAAUAUUUGGAAUUUAUUAUUGUAAUAUUCUGACUAUUCUGUCAACUUUUUCUACGCUUUGUUUCUUUCUCACAUUACCAUUUUUUCCUUUAAUUUUUCAACUCUAUACUGUUUUUUCUCUUAAUAUUAGAACUUCAAUGUCCUAAUAAUUCUCUUAUUGCAAAAUUACUGCUCUUUCGUUUUUGCUGCUGUUUUUUUUUUCUAGUUUUCUUGUUCAAUUGUACUUUUGGAAUUGGCCAAUGGCCAUUAAAAACACAGCUGCCGGCCAUAAAUGGCAUACCCUCUAAUAGACGGAUCAAAAUUUUUGCACGGAGUGGCCAGCGGUGUGGCCACCCCCGGUUAUCUAGACAAUUCAGGUAACAACUUACUGCCACCCGAUGUGAGUGAUGGUCUCUCCUUGGCCACACCAAUGAAAAAUUUCUGGCUCCGCCACUGCUCUUUAGUGGUGACGAUUGACUUCAGCUGGCAGUUUCUCUUUGUCAGAGUUCAUUGGAAAUGAGGAAAAAGAACAGUUUGUUUAAGAAAAUGAAUAUGACAUUCAUGUCCAUGAUGAGUGUAUGCAAACGUCUGACCACAGCUUUUCGAAGACACUUUUGCACACUUCCAAAUUGUUGCGUUCCUUGGCAAACACACAUAGGUCAGAGUGUCAUCCAGGUACACAUGAUUGAUCAAUGGACAUAUUUGUAUCCGUGCUGUGAUAAGACUUUCCAGUCUUACUCAACAAGAACACUUUGACACACAUCAAACGGGCCGAGCUACAGCACAAACGUGUUCAGCAAAAGUCAUAUUUUGCCAGAAACUGACGUUUGACCUGUUCACUUUUCUGUGUACACUGUGUGACAUCACUUGUGUACUUUACAAACUCCUGCCACGCGGACUUUUGGUGGUGUCGCAAGAAGGGGGCGGGCUGUUGGCAUCACCGUUGCCGUGUUGUCUGUAAAAGCAGAAGGGAGGCCGAGGAAGACAAG